AUGGAAAAAUACUUCUUAUGGAUCAUCUUUUUCUAUAGCCAUCUUUUACCAUCGCUACAUUCACAGAUAUUUCAAUCUCGUAUUUACUUAACUGCAUUUGGCACUGCAUUUCAACCUAGAAGCCCAAUUGAAAUACUAAGUUCAUCUUCACAAAUUCAAUCUUUAUUUAGAUGUGCAAUGCAAUGUAAUCAAAAUCGGCAGUGUCGUACAUUUGAUUACAAUUAUUUACCACUCGUCUGUCGCCUAUUUGAAGGUGAAUUAUCGACAGGAAAUAUUUUAUAUAAUAUCACAUCAUCAUCCAGAAUAGGAGCAAUCCUUUACGAUGUUACCAUUCAGAGCUAUUCUUCAUAUGGUCAAACAUGCGAGCAAUGUGGCAUGGGUAUCAACAGAUACCUCCAGUGUAUUAACGAUACAUGUCAAUGUCCACCGGAUACGUUUUGGAAUGGGCAAAUGUGCUUGAAUCAAUUGUAUAAUGGAUCGAAUUGUAAUUAUUCGUUGCCAUCUUGUCGGCAAGACUUGAAUCUCUCUUGUUCAUAUCAAACAAGCAAAUGUACAGGGUUGGAAAUAGGAGGUAUGAUUCAAAAUACUAUAUCAAUUUGA